GAGAAAAACCAAACUGCCCCCCUCUUCUGUUUCUCUCUCAUCAAGUAGUCACCAUUACACUCUCUCUCUAAAUGCAGAGAAAAAAUCUCUCUCUCUCUAGACAUACAGAGAAAAAAAAACAACUGCCCCCAAUUGCCAAUUCACUUCCUCUCUCAUCAAGUCACCGAGUCGAGUCUCCAACUGCUGCGUGCAUAUCCAUUAGCAAUUAUUAAUUGCUCCAUCCGGACUCCAACGCCAUCACCUCCAUCACCUAAACCCAAAAACCAAAAACAAUUCGCGCAACAGCGGCGACGAGGCGGACGCGGCCGAGCCCGAGCGAGCGAGCGAGCGAGCGGCAACAAGUCACCGGCGGAAACCCUAGCGGCCAAUGGCGGAGGACGGCGAGAAGGCGGCGCCCGCCGCGGCGGCGCCGGCGGAGGGAGGAGGGAAGGGAGGGGAGGAGGAGGAGAGCGUGAAGCUCUUCGUGGGGCAGGUGCCCAAGCACAUGACGGAGGCGGAGCUGCUCGCCAUGUUCCGGGAGGUGGCCGCCGUCGAUGAGGUCACCGUCAUCAAGGACAAGGCCACCAAGGUCUCCAGAGGGUGCUGCUUCCUCAUAUGCCCCUCAAGGGAGGAGGCUGACAAGGUUGUAAAUGCCUACCACAACAAGCACACGCUCCCUGGGGCAUCAAGUCCUUUGCAAGUAAAAUAUGCUGAUGGAGAGUUGGAGAGGCUGGAACACAAGCUUUUCAUUGGAAUGCUUCCAAAAAAUGUCACGGAUACUGAAUUGACUGAUUUGUUUUCCAAAUAUGGAAAUAUCAAGGAUUUACAAAUUUUAAGUGGUUCACAACAAACAAGUAAAGCUGGCUGUGCCUUCCUUAAAUAUGAAACGAAGGAGCAAGCACUGGCAGCUAUUGAGGCUCUAAAUGGGAAGCAUAAAAUAGAGGGUUCUAGUGUACCGUUGGUUGUCAAAUGGGCCGAUACAGAAAAGGAAAGGCAGGCUCGGAAGGCACAAAAAGCUCAAUUGCAGUUAUCUAAUAUGCCCAAUGCAAGCCCUAUGCAGCAAUCUUCACUAUUUGGAGCUUUACAGAUGGGAUAUAUGCCUCAAUAUAAUGGAUUUGGUUAUCAGCCACCAGGGACAUAUGGACUUAUGCAAUACCCCAUAUCUCCUAUGCAAAAUCAAGCCACAUUCCAGAAUAUGGUUCAACCUGUUAAUCAAGGAAACUCGCUAAGAGUCGUCAAUCCUGAACUGCCCCCCAGUUCAGUUCAUAGAUCAUUUAAUGCAAUGCAGUUGGGCAGCCCUUAUCCUGCUGUCCCUGGUAUGCAGUAUCCUGGAUCAUAUCCUGGUGGUCUCAUGAACAAUCGUCCUUUUGGAAAUUCUCACAAUUCAAUUAAAGUUCCAAAUGCAAAUGCCAAUUCUGCCAUAUCUUCUAGUCCCAGCAGCAAUGCCGGUGGGCAGAUAGAAGGUCCUCCUGGUGCCAAUCUAUUUAUUUAUCAUAUCCCACAAUAUUAUGGGGACCAAGAACUUUCCAGUGCGUUUCAGAGUUUUGGUAGAGUACUAAGUGCUAAGGUGUUUGUAGACAAAGCAACGGGUGUCAGUAAAUGCUUCGGUUUUGUGAGCUACGAUUCUCCUGCUUCUGCACAGGCGGCCAUCGGUAUGAUGAAUGGGUUCCAAUUAGACGGUAAAAAACUCAAAGUACAACUCAAGAGAGAAAACAAGCAGCAUAGUAAACCUUAUUGACCAAAGCAGUUGUUGUGGCCACGCGAUCAGGUUCUCGGUACAUAUUUGUCAGAUAAUUGAUGGUUACUACAUUAUUUCUUCUGCUCCCCCAAGCAGCAGUCAGUCCAGCGCGCCAUCUACAUGGGAGCCCGUGUAUCUUCUUUGUUCAAUUCACAUUCUUGAAAAAUCGUCACGUUGUGUAAUUCAUUGCAGCAUAGUCGUAGCAUUUGUACCAUCAGAUCCCAUGUACACAAGACUGCCAAUUCAUUCAAUUGUAACCUUUUUAUCCUGAUAAAUGGAUUACACUGAUUAUUCA